AUGGCAGCUCCGGCGGCCCCGGUGUCCGGGCAGUGGGCGGCAGCCGCAUGUCUUGGCUCCAACCAGAACGCCGUGAAGUACUUGGGCCAGGACUUCGAGACGCUCAGGCGGCAGUGCUUGGAUUCAGGGGUGCUAUUUAAGGACCCCGAGUUCCCAGCGUGCCCGGCGGCCUUGGGCGACAAGGAUCUUGGACCAGGCUCCCCCCAAACUCGAGGCGUUGUCUGGAAGCGGCCGCCGGAACUGUGCCCCAGCCCCCAGUUUAUCUCCGGGGGAGCCACGCGCACGGACGUUUGCCAGGGCGACCUGGGUGACUGUUGGCUCCUGGCGGCCAUCGCGUCCCUCACCCUGAACGAGGAGCUGCUUUCCCGGGUCGUGCCCAGGGACCAGAACUUCCGGGAGGGCUACGCCGGAAUCUUCCGUUUCCAGUUCUGGCAGUGCGGCGAGUGGGUGCAGGUGGUGGUGGACGACAGACUGCCCACCCGGGACGGACAGCUGCUCUUCCUGCACUCCGCCGACGGCAGCGAGUUCUGGAGCGCGCUGCUGGAGAAGGCCUACGCCAAGCUCAACGGCUCCUACGAGGCCCUCGCCGGCGGGUCCACGGUGGAGGGGUUUGAGGACUUCACGGGCGGCCUCUCUGAGUUUUUUGACCUGAAGAAGCCACCGACCGGUCUGUUCCAGAUCAUCCGGAAGGCCCUCCGUGCGGGGUCCCUGCUGGCCUGCUCCAUUGACGUCUCCAGCGCGGCCGAAGCGGAAGAAAUCACUCGCCAGAAGCUGGUGAAGAGUCACGCGUACUCGGUCACGGGGGUCGAGGAGGUGGAUUUCCGGGGGCGCCCGGAGAAGCUGAUCAGGCUCAGGAAUCCGUGGGGCGACGUGGAGUGGACGGGCGCCUGGAGUGACAGUGCACCGGAGUGGAAUUACGUGGAUCCCAGGAAGAGAGAAGAGCUGGACAAGAAGGCCGAGGAUGGAGAGUUCUGGAUGUCCUUUUCGGAGUUUCUGAGGCAGUUCUCCCGGCUGGAGAUCUGCAGCUCGGCCCCCGACUCCCUGAGCCGCGAGGAGGCGCACAAGUGGGACCGGGUGCUGUUCGGUGGCCGCUGGGUCCGGGGCUCCACCGGCUGCCAGGACCCCCCAGGCUCCUCCUAGGUCCCAGCCGCUGGGGCAGCCCCGGAGGAAGACACCCCG